CCGUCCCGUUCCUGAGAUCUGAAUCCUAGCUCUCGGGGAGAAGUCAACAGCUGAACACACUGAAACCCUAGCACCCGCCUUAACAGAACAACUGAAAAUUUUCCCAUCUUGCGAGUCAGGGACUCGAUUGCCAUGGCUUGCAAUUCCGGCAACUGCCAAUCCAAUUGUUCCCAGAACGAACAAGUAGCUCAGGAUGACUCGAUUCCGGCUCCCACCACCGGCAGCGACGAUGGCGCCAACAACCAACAGCAGCAGGGCGUGUGUCUGAAGUGCAAGGUCAGCCCACCAAUUUCCAGCGGCGGUGGCGGUAGCGGCGACGAGGCCCGGUUCUGUGGAGACUGUUUCAGGACUAAUUUGUUCGGCAAGUUCCGGCUUGCCGUUACUUCCCACGCCAUGAUCACCCCUUCAGAUAACGUGCUCGUUGCUUUCUCCGGCGGCGUUGCUUCCAGGGUAGCUCUGCAGUUUGUGCAUGAUAUGCAGCAGAGAGCGCAGAGAAACUACGAAGCUAGUAAAGACAGGUCGUUGCCAGUCUUUGGCGUUGGAGUGGCAUUUGUUGAUGAAAGUACUGUAUGUUCAAUUUCUAAUGAUGAAGUUGAAGAAGCAAUUCAGGAGAUGAAAUCUACGGUGUUAGAAUUAGCUCCACCAGUAAAGCAGUUUCAUGUUGUUCCAUCAGUGAGCCUGUAUUCCUCAGGUUCGAGUGACGAGAAAGACAGAUUGAUGAAGUUAAUAGGUGCUGUUGAUGAUGUUACUGGAAAAGAUGACUUUCUUAUGCACUUGAGGAUGUGGGCAUUGCAGAAAGUUGCUUCUGAAAAUGGAUACACAAAGCUUGUACUGGGUCUGUGUACGUCAAAGAUUGCUUGCCAUGUCAUUGCUGCAACCGUGAAGGGUCAAGGGUAUUCUCUGUCAGCAGAUAUACAAUAUGUCGAUGCAAGAUGGCAAGUUCCCAUAGUUCUUCCACUUCGCGACUGUACCGCACAGGAGCUUAACAUUCUGUGCCGUAUUGAUGGGUUUGUGACCAGACGUUUUCCCUUCUCAUAAUAUUUACUGUCUCAAUCAAUGCGUAAGAAAGAUAAAAGAAAGAUUUAGCCCAUCUUAAAUUACUCAUGAUGGGAUUUUUACUUGUAUUGGCAGGGCAGUCUAAAGACUUUGCAAUUGGUUAAUGAUCACCCCUCGGGCAUCAAUGGUUUGAUUUCUUCAUUUGUACGCCUGUUGCAGGAGGAAAAUCCUUCUCGAGAGAGCACCAUUGUCCGGACAGCUGGAAAGCUUACUCCAUUUCAUUUCAAUAGACUGCCCGAGAUCAAUGAUUCUAGUGUUCCUUUGGCAACCCUAAGGAGGCAGAAGAGAUACAAUCUCAAACCACAGGAAUCCAUCUCCUCGGAAUCUUUCUGUCCUAUAUGCAAUAGCCCAGUUAUUAAUUCUGACUUGCCAAGUUGUGGCAGCCUGAAGCCUUUCAAGUUCAGAGAAUUUGCUGCAAGCUGCUGUCCGAGCUGUCAGUUUCAGAUACUGCCUCAGGAUCAGUCGUCAAUGAAAGAAUUCUACUCACUUUUACCAGAAGGACUAGUUUCCCGGUCUAAGCACAAAGACAACGACAACCUGGAUAUGCUAAGGGAGCAAGUUCAGGAUUGUUUGCUAUCCAACAGUGACGACGAGACAUGAAACUCGAGUAAGAGAAAUGCGUUGUCUGGUCUUCUUUCUCCACGACAAUGGAUCAUUCUCUAGCUCUCCCAGUAGGUCGUGUUUUGCCCGGAGACGAUUAUUACAUGGUGCAGCUCCCAGUUAUGAUCUUAUUGUAUAUCGAUCUGAUCACUGAUACGUCAUUUAACUAGUGUAAUACGUUGGUACGAUACCUGUCUCAACUCUAAUGUAUCACUGGUAGUUUGUUACCGAGUACAGAGCUUUUCCCUACAGACUAGAAGCAAAGGCAUGAUAGAGGAGAGAACAUUUUUCUUGGGUUGGGCCUUGAACGUCGAAUGUCACGAGGUGGGCCUAAACCCAACAGAACGAAACGACGCCGCUUCCAGUUCCCACUUUCUCGCUCCGUUAUCCAUUUUGUAAAAUGGCGAAAACGCCCUUAGAUAUUCGAGGGAGGACCGAAAGAGGAUCCUCUCGAAAACACGAAACUGCAGAAGCAAUCUAACUAGCAGAACUUCGCCGAGAAGGAAAUUAACGGAGCAAACGCCGGCGACGGAGCUCUGAUUAUCUACUUGCUGCAAUGCUCCACUCACAAUUCCACCAUCUCCAUCUUCGCCCGCAGAUUCCGCUCGUCUUCUGCUCUCCCAGCUCCUCCACCGGCUCGCUACCAAUUAGAACUGUAAAUCCGACGCUUCGGCGGACGCAGCCGUUGAUCGGAGUUGGAACAGUGAGGUGCAUGGCGAAUCCGAGGAGAGUGAGGAUGGUGGCGAAGCAGAUUCAGAGAGAGCUUUCCGACAUGCUUUUGACGGAUAAGGUCUUGCAGUACGCGAUUCUCCCUGAGGCUGCCUUGGGAGCUGAUAGGUACCUUUCCUCGCUUACCACCAUCAGUGACGUCGAAGUCUCCGGAGACUUGCAGGUGGUUAAAGUGUUUGUAUCUGUCUUUGGAGACGAUAGAGGGAAAGAGGUUGCACUUGCCGGGUUGAAAUCAAAGGCUAAAUAUGUAAGGGGCGAGUUGGGGAGACGAAUGAAGUUGCGUCUUACUCCAGAGAUUCGAUUUAUAGAAGAUGAAGCUAUGGAGAAGGGAAGCAGGGUGAUUGCUAUACUGGACAAGAUAAAGGCCAAGAAGGGUCCUGGCCGAAAUUUGGACGGAGAUGGUUCUGAGUCGUCUGGUGAUGACGAUGAUGGAGAUUGGGAGGGUGAUGAUCCUGAAGAAGGAAUUAUUUAUGUAGACUAAAUGGUUUGGGCCAGUUUAUCUCCUCCCAGUGGUCUCUCCCUUCUAGCAACAGCCCUCCUGGGUUUAAGGUGAGUUCUCCUUGUCAAUCAAACCUGUUUUCACUGGUUAUUUCUAGCAGUCAUUGUAACUUCAUGUGAAUGUUGUAUUUGAUUGAAUCACUGAGCUCCCUCACAAGUCUGAUACUUUCUCAUUCAUGUCAAUUCAGAACCGAUGAUGCAUGCACUUAUGGACAAAGGACAUAACUCACUUUUUGUUAUCAAAUCUGAAUAUUGUAUUUGAUUGAAUCACUGAGCUCCCGCACGAGUCUGAUACUUUCUCAUUCAUGUCAAUUCAGAGCUGGAUGAUUACCAGAACAGCUUCAUUUGGCAUGGAUUGGCAUAUUACUAGAAGUGGGUAGAAGCAGAUCUUGUCAUUUUGGCAAUGCUUGUAGAAAUCCACAGAGCUCCUGUUGUCUGGUUUUCACUGCUCUCAACAUCUUUCAAACACACCUAAUCCUAUUCCGCCUCCAUAUGUAUACCUGUAGCUGUUAUGUCUUGAGCUGCCCUCUACCUUCCGAAUAUACAUGGUUUUCUUCCUCGGUCUGUAUUCAUCGGGUGGUUACGGAGAAAUGGGAAGCCGGAUAUCCCUGAUCUUGUCUAGGGUUGUUUUAGAGCCCAGCAUAUGUUCAGUGACUCAUGCCAUGCUGAGGAAGUUUGCCAAAGUCAAAUUGAGCUACUCUAGUUCUCUGGUAUAUAUAUUGUUACGUUCCCUUCCAACUCAAUAGGUGGGAACACUCUGUAUUGAUGUAAAUUUCCCCUUUUUGAAAACUGAUUUGAUGCAAUUUACAUUUCAUUUGUCUAAUGUAAAUGUUCGUAAGGUCUGUUUACGAAUUAGUGU